UGUCAGCUCUAUCAUGCCACAUUCUGUCCACGCGUAUCGAUCGUACAAAGCUUCCUCUUCUUCUUCCACCGUCGAUCUGUCUGUGAUUUUUCAGACUUAAAAUUGUGGACACCGAAUUUUUUCUAGAAUCUCGCGUUUAAUGAAACCACAACCUCAACGCGUUCUAGUAGAUUCAAUCUGCGUGGACUCAGGGAAACAUUGCAGUUCAAGGAUCCCUGCAUUGAAAAAUUGUUUAAUUUUUUAUGCUCUAAACACGGCUUGGAAACCUGGCAUGGGAGUUGUUACUGUUUCUACCUCAGCUGCUAGGACUCCGUUAAGAUUGAGUGCGAAGUUGAUCAGUCGUCAGCAGGCACAUAAGCGACUCUUAAUAGUAGCUUUUAAAGGAAAUAAAUCGAAUAAAACCACUUUGGUUUCACCUCAGGAGCAAAUUCCUCUACCCGUGGAAACGGCAAAGAAACAAAGGAAAAGGAUAGAAAAGAGUAAUGAAUCGCUGAAGAGAGUGAGAGCUGUCUCUACUGAUGAAACCACUCCAUUCACCAUGGUUGUGAACUACAAUGAAGCUGCAGCCAAACUUGAAAAUAUAUACAAACUCAGCUCCGUAUCUGAUGCUUGUAAGACGGAAGAUAUAGAUAGUAAAACAAAGAGAGUAUUCCGGAGGAGGAAGAAGGUUGGUGAUGAACAUGAUGACAGAAAUGAUGAUAAUGUGGUUAGAAACCUGAAUAAGAAGGCCAAACGAUUGAGUCUUGAUAAAAGGAUUGCAUUGAAAAGGAAUGCAAAGGAGAAGGUGGUUGUUCAAGCUCAGAAAAAAAGAGAUGUUAAUAGAGUAGAAAAAAUUGAUGCGCUUAUCAGGGAAUAUUCAGCAUCAACUGAUUUAGUUAGCAUGGACUGGAAGAAAAUGAAAAUUCCGCCAGUUCUUCCUUCUUCAGAACAUGCAUGGUUAUUUAAGUUGAUGGAACCUAUGAAGUUCAUGUCAAAUUCACUUGGGCGUGAAGGAUGUAUAGAGCAGAGGUUGCUCUUAACUGCACUCCUACAAGUGAGAGAAGAUUUACAGGCAGCAGGGAAAGAAAUUUCGGAUGGUGAACUAGCAGAUGCAAAAAGCAUUAGCAUUGUUCAUGUAAGGAAAGCUAUAGAGGUUGGUCAAGCUGCGAGAAACAAGCUCAUAAAGCACAAUCUCCGACUUGUAUUGUUCGUGAUUAACAAAUAUUUUCAAGAUUUUGCAAGUGGUCCAAGGUUUCAAGAUCUUUGUCAGGCUGGAGUUAAGGGACUUAUCACUGCAAUUGAUCGAUUUGAGUCAAAAAGGAGACUUCAGCUAUCUACAUACAGUCUAUUUUGGAUUAGACAUUCAAUUGUUCGUUCCAUAACCCUCUCAAGCUUCACACGUGUUCCUUUUGGACUUGACAGGGUCAGAGCAGAUAUCCAUAGAGCAAAACUCGAGUUAACAUUUGAGCACCAGAGGUCACCUACGGAAGAGGAGGUACUAAAAAGAAUUGGGAUCUCCCCUGAAAGAUAUUAUGAUGUACUGAGGGCAUCAAAACCCAUUCUAUCCCUUCAUUCAAGACAUAUAACCACGCAGGAAGAGUUUAUUAAUGGGAUUACUGAUCUUGAUGGUGUGGAUGGUGAUAAUAGGAGGCAAGUUGCUGUUCUAAGACUUGCUCUUGAUGACGUGCUUGAUUCCUUGAAGCCAAAGGAAAGCUUAGUGAUUAGACAGAGAUAUGGACUUGAUGGCAAGGGUGACAGAACAUUGGGAGAAAUCGCUGGGAACUUGAAUAUUUCGAGGGAAAUGGUUCGGAAGCAUGAAGUCAAGGCUCUCAUGAAGCUUAAGCACCCUGCUCGGUUGGAUUAUCUCCGUCGCUAUGUUGUAUAGUAAAUUGACAAAUGUAUAUAUGCUUCUGCUGCUAUCGUUAUAGUCCAAGUUACCUAUAGUCAUGCCCAUGGUGAUACAUAUUACGAUUAUUUAAGCAUACAAAAUCAGCAUUAGUCAGGUAAUUUGUAUACGGAGUUAUUGGUCAUAAGAAAUCACAACAUAAUGAAUGUUACAUGUAAUGAGUAGUGUUUAUAAAAUUACAUUUUAAAUUACAA